UACAUAGAAACCAUUUCUUUCUACAACAAAAAAGAUAGAAACCAUUUCUCUUCCAUGCCAAGCUCCUCUCUCUCUCUCUCUCGAUUUUAUAUCUAUAAAUAUAACCACCUUUCUCUAUAAAUUUGCUUCAGUCUUUAUCUUAGUAUAUUUGGGUACAUACUCUUUUCUUUUUUCUCUCUGUUAUAGCUAACCAGCUCUCUCUCUCUCUCAUCUCUUGGAAGUGAAAAGACAUAACAAUAUGACUGGUGUGUCAUCAGAAGGUGGUGAAAUUGUUUCUCUUGAUCUUCUCAAGAAGAAGAUGGCUGAUUUUUCUAAAGAAAGAGACUGGGAUCAGUUUCAUAGCCCAAGAAACUUGCUUUUGGCUUUGGUAGGUGAAGUUGGAGAACUAUCAGAGAUAUUUCAAUGGAAAGGAGAGGUACCAAAAGGGCUUCCUGAUUGGAAAGAAGAAGAGAAAGUACAUCUAGGGGAAGAGUUAUCUGAUGUUCUGCUCUAUCUCAUAAGGCUCUCUGAUAUAUGCGGUAUUGACUUGGGCAAAGCUGCUCUGAGGAAAGUUGAACUCAAUGCUAUCAAGUAUCCUGUUGGCAUGUCUAGAGGCUCUUCCAAGAAAUACAACAGCAUCAGUAAUAAUAAUAAUAAUGGCACUGAAAGCAUUUGAUGACAAAUCUUUAGCCUGCCCUGAAACAUAUUAUCCAUAGCUAUAAGACCUUUUUCUUUUUCUUUCUUGACCUUUGUGUUCAGUUUGUGGUUAUGCUUAUGAUAUGGACAAGUGUUUAGCUAUUUGUAAGGGUGUUGUUUUCUGAUGGGUAGGGUUUAGAAUUUAGAACAGAGCUAGUAAGUAGGAGGAGGAGGAGAGGAGGUUUCAGUGCAUGGAGUGGGCAUUUAUCCUUCAGCAGAUUUUGUUACUGUUUUAGCAGCUGAAUCCGAAUCAAAUCCCUCUGACAGAUAUUGUAGUAAUAUCAUAAGAUGUUUCUGCUUUCUUCA